CUUGAGAUGUGCCACGGCUUCGGUCAGCGAAGAAGACAGUUACAAUCGAGUAGCUUGAGCUAGCCAGGCGCUUCGACCUUGAACUCACACUCGCUUUGACGGGAUGCGCGGGCUCAUCGUCUUAGCUUUGGAUCCUCAUAAAGCCCACUGUGCUUCUUGUUAGAUGACUCCAGAACCAGACUCUUUCAUCCACGCUUGACAACAGAAUCUCUGUCGAGCCCUUCUGUUGCUGCCAGUGACUCCUUCUACUUGAGACCAUUUUUGCUCCGACCAUCUCCAUCUUCACAAUGGCGCUGGUCCAAUUGCUAGACACUUUUCUGACCACUCCAGAAGGCAAGGAGAAGAUUCCCGAGUUCCAGCAAAGCAACAGUCAGCUGAUGGAUGUGACUCACAGUCCAAAGGUGAACGAGCAUCAAGUGAUGGGAUUCUUCAGAAUUCGCAAGGGAGAGCCGUUGCACUACACGUACACCUACAACGAGCUCAAAUACGUCAUCUCUGGCUCCAUCAUCGUCAAGGACAAGACCACAGGCAUAACACAUCACGCCAAAGCUGGAAACGUCUUCAAUUUUUCUAUAGGAGCGGAUGUCGAGUUCACCUCGGAGGAUGAAGGACUUGCCGUCUUUUCUGGUCAGAGGGACCCGCUCUGACGCACCCGUCCCUGGCUUUCAGCAGCCCGAGGAACACAAAUCCUUGAAGCACAAGACCGAACGUGUAGCCUAUGAAGCGCACGCCCCUUCGUAGUUGCGAUAACAUAAUGCAUGCAGUGGCAAAGUGCAAGAGGGACGAAGUUGCAGCCGAGCAAGCAGAGCAGGUUGCCCACAGUAGCUUUCAAAUGCUCAAGCAGACUCUACCUUCUGCGUCGUCCUCCAACCUUUCCUUUCGCAAAUCCAGAUCGCGUCCCUCCACUUAAGCUCGACUGGCA